AUGGCUUAUAGAAAAAAACACUUUCUCUGCUUCCUGUGUAUUCUGACGUGCACGCCAUUGGCCCAAUCAUUUAACGUGGAUGAGCUGUGCGCCAAACGUUGCCUCUAUGGCCGGGGUGGUGUUCUGUGUAACUGCAACGCCAUGCAUUUCAACGGCAAACGGUCAGGAUCUUCCGAAGCUCCGACCAACGAUCUCCGAGGCUACAAUACACAAGACAACUACGACCAGUACCCGCGUGAACAUAGCAGAAGCAGUCUAUCACCGAAUAAAUUUAUUUACUAUGGUUCAAUGAAUUCUCAUGAUGUGCAACCAUUCAAGAAGAAGGAAUAUGACGUUGACAUUGGAACUGGACAGGAAGUGGAGGUUAAGAGAACAAAAGAAAUCACAAGGUAUCCGAAUGAUGUACUUAACAGAAAUGUUAUUUCACUGUUACCUGAUUCAUCUUUAAAUGAGGGAGAAAAGGAAAACAAUUCAGGAAGCAACGACGAUGAUUUUGUUGAGACUAGACGAGAGAUAGCUUCAGCCAUUAAACAGAUUCUGUCAAGGUCAAUGAUGGCGUCCAGAGGUCAAGCAAGGUUGGCGAAUUCUAACAAUGAAUUUGUAGACGACUCCAACGAUCGUAGUGGUGAGGACGAAGAUAUGGAUGACGACAGCAGCAGUAAAUAUAAUAACGGUAACAACAAUAUUAACAACAACAACAUUGCUGCUGCUGCUGUCGAAGAGCCUGGUUGGAGGCAACAUCUAAGACGUCUGCAGAAAGUGAUGAGACAGGUCCAUCACCUGAGAUAA